UGUAGGUCACCUAUUUUGUUUUCAAAACGGCGAUUGAGCCCAAACCGCCGCAUUUCAACUCAAAAUAGGUAAUGUACGUGAAUCGUGUAGAUACGGUACAGGUGUCUUAACGGUCGUUAUCUACCGGACCGAAUAGCAACUCUGAUUUUAAUAUAGCUUUAAUAAAUAUACCAUAUAUAAAAACAUUUUUGUGUUAGCACUGGGAAAAUGUUGACUGGAGCAAAAUCAAAUCAAAUUUGCCCAUAAUUGAAAAGCUCAGUAUUCAGUAUCUUGGCACUAACUGUAUAUUUUUCUAUAGCUGCCAGGAUUGGUGAAGACUUACUGCCUUCCCUCUCUCGAGAUGAAAUCAACGAUCUGUUUCCUGGUCCUGAAAACUUUCACAGGCGGCGGGCUAUAUGGCUUGCUGUAAAUAAAGAUAAAAAGGUGGAGACUGCUGCGGAACUACCACUGCCAUCAGUGACUGGAGGCAGUAGUCUUUCACAAGAAGAGCCCAAAAUUUCUAAGUUUGUGGUUAUGUCCAGCCCGGAAUUCAUAGUUUACACAGACAGUGAACUUGAACAGGUGCGACGUGCCUACUUUGAGCAGAAACGGAUGGGGACUGAGAACAUUGUGGAGUUAUCUAAGGAGCUCUUCUGCCGGCUCAUAAGAAACACCAUGUGUAAUAUGAUCGCAAUUGCAAGAGCUACAGAAGAUGCCAGAUAUCCCACCAAACCAGAGGUCAAUGCCAUGGCAAAGCGGUUGGUGGAGUAUUAUCCGAUGGUACAACACUGGGAGUAUGUUGCCAAAAAGCUCAUGAAGAGGCUUUCAAAUGUAAAAAGCCCAAAGAAGGCUGUUCCUCCUGCAAAGAAACAACGGCAGGAAAUCGAGGAAAUGACAACGAGUGACUACGACGGGGAUUCGAGUGCUUCUACGGUCAUUCUUCAGCAGUCCCCAGUCAGAGCCAGCACCCCAGUUCAACACCUGAAUAACAGUGGUUCGGGCGACGUCCUAGACAGCCAGAAAACCCAGGCAAGGCACUACACGACACUGCAACAGAUGUGCCGGUCCAACAAGCCAAACAAAGCUUCAGUAACCCAUUUGCUGAACUUGGAGUUUGAGUCAAGAAGACUCUUCAUAACCUCUGACACUCUAAAGGAGCAAGACCGACCCAGCAAGAUUCUGGAGGCCUAUUCUUGUUUCAAAGACUUGGAUCAUGUCUUAGAUGAGUUGCAAAGGAUAAUACAGCCAAACAAUGCCCACUACGUCUCAGAAAUGAGGAAUAGAUGGAACGACUUUUUUUCAAAGGUCCAAUUUUAUGGGGUGAUGAAAAAAGUGAUGAAGCCCCCUAAAACAUUGGAUGGAGUGGAACAUGCCACUGCUGUUUUCAGAGCCCUGCCACUGCUCUUUCCAUCCAGCACUUUGCCACCGAAGAAGCUAGGCGCAUGCAGCGAGGCGGUUUUCCAUGUCCUUACGGCUUCAGAGAACCCAGACACAUACUUGAGCAAGCGGCCCGUGGCUUGUCCAGUUAUGCUCGUCUGUGGGGAUAACUGCAUGAUUGCAAUUGGAAACACACCAGUGACCACCUUUGACAGGAAGAAGUUUGAUGAAGGCCUCCUUUACCUUUUGGGGUAUUAUUAUUGUCUGCACCUCACUUAUCCAAAGUUCAUUUCCACCAUGCUCUCAGUAUUGCAAACUGAGGUUCUCCAGGACUCCCUGCAUGACCAAGAUUCAACUGCUUCCUACAAAAAAGCCAUUGCCGAGUGGAGGGCCUUCAUUGAGUGA